AUGGAAAACCCUCAAUUCGAUAGCAUAUCCUUCGGUGACCCUAAUGCUGCCUCCAUUGACUUUAACAAGGAUGUUCUUGGCAUUCUGUCUUCUUUUCAGUUUGCGACACGAUUCGAUCCGACAGCGGCUUCUGAUUGUUUUACCUCGCCUGGCUUCGGUCUGUGUAUAUAUGGAUCUGACGCACACGUUUUGAAAGAUUACUACCGUCUUAUUCAUCCCGCAUUUCCUAUCCUGCCUCCGCCCAUGGAAAACAGCUACCAGGAGUCCGUCGAGUGGCUCUCACCGGAGGUUAUGACUAGUGGAUAUGAGCCAUCCUCCCCUCUCGUGCUGGCUCUCCUUUCACUGCUUGUCUUGAUGCCCCAGAAGGGUAAGCGACCAGCUGCCGACGCUGGUGCUGCUGAGUUGAAUGCGUCAUUGGCCACCUUCCUAGCCAACAAAGCUACCGGACUACUCCAAGUCUGUGCCGACAAGCAAUCCCCAUAUGGAGCGUCGUCCCUUCAUCCAAAGCUACCUGUGGAAUACGAGAAGCCUUUAGCAUAUUGUGUCCUUAGCCUUUAUCAGUAUGUUCACUGCGGAAACACAAUUAUGAUGAGACGUCUUGCCGACAAAGCAUUUGAUGCAUGUCUUGCUCUACGCUUGCAUGAAUUAGAGGACGAUGGCAGUGAAUACUGCGAGGCUAGGAACAGAACAUGGUGGAAGACAGUGUUUUCUAUCUGCUAA